CAAUGAAGCUGAUUAAAGAUUUAUCGAUAUCGACUUUGUUGUGCUUUAUAUACAUUAAAAAACACUAAUGUUUGUUUGAACUUUGACAUUUUGUCAAUUUUGAGAUCGCCCACGCUUAGUUUGACGUAGAUUCGCUAAUAUUUUUGCAAUUUUCAAAUCAUAUUGAUUCGUGACUCCGAAGGUGCAGUGUACGUUGAGAGACGAAGGCACUCUCUAAGCCGCCUGGAGUAUCACAAGAUUUGAAUUCUAUUCUACGUAGUUCAUCGAAGCCCUAUCCAAGAUGACUCUGGGAACCUACAACAGACAUCAGGCUGAACGAAAAAAGCGGGCAGCAUUGGCGGCAGCUUUUCCUCAGGGUAUACGCUGCCAGAAGUGUCUCGAAUAUGGCCACUGGAGUUACGAGUGCAAAGGGAAACGCAAGGUCCUCGUGCGGCCUUCGCGGUCGCAGAUUUUAAAGAAGAAUUUGAAGUCCAAAGAAGAAAGCGACUGCAGCAAUGGAAAAUGCUCUCUUCCAAACAAAAAGAAGCGCCGCAAUGACUCUGACUGCUCAAACUGUUCGGACUCUGAAGGCAGCUCAUCAGGUAGCUCAUCGGGGUCCUCAUCUGGCAGCUCUGACUCCUCAGGUAGUGAAAGCGACUCUGACAGUGAAUCUGGCAGUGGGAGUGGCAGUGGCAGUGGAAGCGGCAGCGAUUCUGGAUCUUGCAGUGACUCUUAAUUUUAUUCACUGUAAUGCAAAUUGUUUUACCUAACACCUCAACAUCUUCUUUGAGGCUAUGCUCUUGACAGAGCGGUUGUGGUCUUUAGGACAUGAUGGAGGCAGAUGUAGUACACCUCACGAGCAUUCGCCACAUACACAACUCACCAUCCUGUGUGUGAUGAGUUGUGUACAUUCAUGCAAGGGAUUGCCUUCAGCAGAUAUAAUCUGGGUGGUCCAUCACAUGGGUGACCUUCCGCAUGGCCUAGUUCCUCCUCCACCUUACCUUGCACAAGGGGUUCUCUUCGGGAGACAUGUCCAAAGAACUGAAUAAUACGGCUGUACUAAUGUUGAGAGACAUUGUUUUAUGUAGAGUUCUUGGAGUACAGAGACGUUAGUAUGGAACUUUCCAACAAUCAACCUCAACAUAGCUAGAGAUAAGGUUUUUUGGAAAAAUUUGGACAUACAGGGGUUGAUUUAGCCCUACUACUCCCCUGUGAGGUCUCCACUUCUGUGUUAUGGUUGUAUAGGAGUGGUACAGCGCAAGUUUUAGCUUGUUCAAAUAGGUUAAAUACCUACCCAAAAAUGUUAGACAGUUCACAGACCUUAAUUUUCUAGAAGCGAAAGAUGAAAAUUUUGUGAGGUGUUAGGUACAAAUAAUUUAGGGUCCAUUUACAAAGCAGCAACUGCUACAGACUGCAGUCGUCGGUAGCAGUUGCUGCUCCUGUAAAUAAACAUUUAGAUAUAUGUAAUUCGAUGUAAUAUGGAACCUUCUGAAUUUCACAUAACUUUUUUGUAUUAUUGUAAUGAAAUAGUAUGGUUGUUCUCACUCACAUUUUUAUAGCAGAUUCUAUUAUUCUUCUUUCUUUUGUCUUCUUUUUAUAGUAAUUUGUAUUUAUUGUAAUUUUCUUUUUUUUCAUUUGUGUUGAAGGUUCCAAGUGUUUGCCAGUAAGUUUUAAUGUUUAAUGCUGGUCAUUUAAAUGUUGAAUAAGUAUGUUUUUUCUAUAAUGUGUUGAUAUUUGAUAUUGAACAUACUGGCAAUGCGAUUGUAUUUUUUUUUUUAAUAAUUAUUAUGGACUUUGCUUGUUACCUGAAUGCUGAUAAACAAUUUAAUUGUAUAAUUCUAUGACUUUAGUUGACUCGUAGUUCUUUAAUGGUUUAGUCUUGUAAGAAAGUGUUGUAAGUUGUGUAAUAUUUAUUGUUUAUUAGUGUCAUGGUAAAUAAUUUGUAUUUAGUAAAAAAAAACAAGAUUUUCUAUUUUCAUGACUUCAAUAUUUUAGCAUUAAUGUUUUAACAAUGUAACUCCUAGACCUUAAAAGUAUAGUAUUAAAAGCUGUAAAAAUAUGCUUUUCGAAUGUAGUUUUUAAAAUAAUUAUUAUUGUAGAUGGUGUAACUUCUAUUUUACUAUGUAUUAAACAUUUUAAGAGUGUCUGGAAAACUGUUGUCAGGGAGUUAAAUUGUUUUUAUUUAUUUGAUGAUGAUGGAAAAUAAGAAUUGGUAAUGUGAAAAAUUAAAUGUUUGGAAUAAAUGAGAUAUUUGGAUAA